AGCUUAGCUAGUUGGGCAAAUCACAGCUCACAACAAGUGAAAGUGAGAGAAUAAUUCUUUUCUUGAGCUGGCUAAUACUGUUUCAAGCCUUGAGACUCUGCUUUUCUCAGUUCACUGAUUAUGUGAGACCUCUUCCGAGAUCAUAAUUCAUAUAUAUAUAUAUAUAUUUGAACAUACACACACACAAAUGACCCUUUUAACUGUUCUUAAUUUGGCUUUCACUUUGGAAGUCUAGAACAGAUGUUGGGUUGAGCUGAAGAAUCAACUAGUUUUACUAUAGAAGCUCUUUCAGCCAUGAAGGUCUUCUUCUGGGUCAACAGGCCUAGCCAUGGUCUUGUAUGCUUGAUUUUCAGUUUGUGGGCAUCUGUACAAGUAAUGGGUGCGACUCACAAUUCUACUGUUCCUUCUUCUUCAAAUCAAAUUGUUGGUACUGGAAAUAGUAGUGUUUCUUCUUCUUCUUCAAAUCCAAUGGCUGGUACUGGAAAUAGUAGUGUUUCUUCUUCUUCAAGACCGAGUGUUGUGAAUAUUGGAGCUUUGUUCACUUACAACUCGGUUAUUGGAAGGUCGGCUAAACCAGCGAUAUUAGCUGCCAUUGAGGAUGUAAAUUCUGAUCCAAGCAUCCUUCGUGGAACGAAGUUGAAUGCUGUUUUUCAAGAUACCAACUGUAGUCAAUUUCUUGGAACUAUUGAAGCUUUGGAGCUCAUUCAACAUGAUGUUGUUGCUGCAAUUGGCCCACAGUCCUCUGGGAUUUCUCAUGUCAUGUCCCAUGUUAUAAAUGAACUCCAUGUACCUCUUCUGUCAUUUGGAUCGACAGACCCUACUCUUUCUUCAAUGCAGUAUGCAUAUUUUGUUCGUACUACACAGAAUGACUACUUCCAGAUGUAUGCAGUAGCUGAUUUGGUGGAUUAUCAUCAAUGGAGAGAAGUAAUUGCCAUAUAUGUUGAUGAUGAUUAUGGCAGAAAUGGGAUUUCUGUAUUGGGUGAUGCCUUGGCAAAGAAGCGUGGAAAAAUCUCUUACAAGGCUGCUUUUUCUCCUGGAGCCUCAAAAAGUGAUAUCCAUGACUUGUUACUUGGUGUAAACCUCAUGGAAUCCCGGGUGUAUGUUGUACAUGUUAACCCUGACUCUGGCUUGAAUGUUUUUUCUGUUGCUAAGUCUAUAGGGAUGAUGGGCACUGGCUAUGUUUGGAUUGCAACAGACUGGCUUCCUUCUCAUCUGGAUACAUUACAACUACCUGACCCUAACAUAAUGAAUUUUUUACAAGGGGUUGUUGCUCUUCGCCAUUACACACCAGAUACUGAUCUUAAGAAAAAGUUUAUGUCUAGGUGGGACAAACUAAAACAUGAUGGAAUUUCAGGUUUCAAUUCUUAUGCUCUUUAUGCCUAUGAUUCAGUUUGGUUAGCAGCCCGUGCACUUGAUGUAUUUUUUAAUGAAGGUGGGAAAAUAUCAUUCUCUAAAGACCCACAAUUGCUAGACACAAACAGAAGCACUCUGCGCUUAUCAUCACUCCACAUCUUUGAUGGAGGCUCCCAAUAUCUAAAGACUAUCCUUAGAAUGAACUUCACAGGUGCGAGUGGCAGGAUUCAAUUUGAUACGGAUAAAAACUUAGUUCAUCCGGCAUAUGAUAUUCUAAACAUUGAUGGAACUGGUACUCGUAGGGUUGGUUAUUGGACAAAUUAUUCUGGUCUGUCAAUUGUCACUCCAGAGAUCGUAUAUUCAACGCCUCCCAAUAUUUCUACCAGCAAUCAACAUCUUUACAGCAUUAUAUGGCCAGGAGAAACAGCAAAGACGCCUCGAGGAUGGAUAUUUCCCAACAAUGGAAAGCCACUGCGAAUUGCAGUGCCUAAUCGAGUUAGUUACAAAGAUUUUGUGGCUAUAGACAAGAACCCUCCGGGGGUUAGAGGAUUCUGCAUCGAUAUCUUUGAAGCUGCCAUAACGUUAUUGCCUUAUGCUGUGCCACGGCAAUAUGUGCUGUUUGGAAAGGGUGAGAGGAAUCCUGAGUACUCAGAACUUGUACGUAUGGUUGCAGAAAAUAAAUAUGAUGCUGCUGUUGGGGAUAUUACAAUUACUACAAAUAGAACAAGGAUUGUUGAUUUUACGCAGCCUUACUUGGAAUCAGGACUUGUUGUAGUUGCUCCUGUCAAAGAGGCAAAGACAAGUCCAUGGGCUUUCCUCAAGCCAUUUACUUUGCCAAUGUGGAUUGUUACUGGUGGCUUCUUUCUCUUUGUGGGUGCUGUUGUCUGGAUUCUUGAGCAUAGGUCUAAUCACGAGUUUCGUGGUCCACCGAGAAAACAACUCAUGACAAUUUUUUGGUUUAGUUUCUCAACGAUGUUUUUCUCACACAGAGAGAACACCGUUAGUACGCUGGGGCGUUUGGUACUCAUCAUAUGGCUUUUUGUGGUGUUGAUUAUCAACUCAAGUUACACAGCUAGUUUGACAUCAAUCCUCACAGUGCAACAGCUGACAUCAAGAAUUGAAGGGAUAGACUCCUUGAUAUCGAGUAAUGAUCCUAUUGGCGUUCAAGAUGGAUCAUUCGCUUGGAAGUAUCUCACUAAUGAGCUCAACAUUGCAGAAUCUAGACUUGUCAAUUUAAAAGACCAGGAAGCAUACAGUUAUGCUCUUAGGCUUGGGCCAAAAGUUACUGGUGGAGUAGGUGCCAUUGUGGACGAGCUUCCAUACGUUGAGGCCUUCUUGGCCAGUACCAAGUGUCAAUACAGAGCUGUAGGGCAGGAGUUUACAAAAAGUGGAUGGGGAUUUGCAUUUCCAAGGGACUCUCCUCUUGCAGUUGACCUAUCUACUGCCAUUCUUCAACUCUCCGAGAAUGGUGAUCUCCAGAAAAUUCGUAAGAAAUGGCUUCAAACAGAGGAGUGCACGAUGAACCCCGAUGAUACAGAUGCUAACCGACUAUCUCUCACUAGCUUCUGGGGCUUGUUUCUUAUCUCCGGGGUGGCCUGCUUCAUUGCUCUUACUGCAUUCGCCUUCAAAAUCUGUUGUCAGUACCGAAAAUUUGUCCCUGAGGGUGAUGUAGGUCCGGAAGAGGUUGUGCCUGGAACUCCAAGACGGACAAUUCGAGCAACUAGUUUCAAGAACUUGAUUGAUUUUGUAGAUAAAAAAGAAGCAGAGAUUAAGCAGAUUCUCAAGCGAAAUCGCAGUGACCAAAAUCAUGCUAGUCCAAGCUCCGAAGUGCACUUCAAUUCAGCUCCCUAAGUAAAUCUUGGGUUGCCAAUUCUCUUCAAGGCCAAUACGCCGUUUGAACAAAUCUCGUUAUACUGUUAUACAUGCUUGAUCCUUCCCCUGAUACAAUUAGGCUGAUAGAAUAAAACUGUUAUACUGAGAGAGGAACUUAAAAGCUUUGAAAUCCCAGUUCAGGACCAUUGUAUACUCCUCUUUCUAAUUCAAGAAAUAGAGUUUUUCUCUAAUGUAGAUAAAUUUAUAUAUAUAUAUAUAUAUUUUCUUUCA